GAAAAACAUAUGCUUUGCUAGGUUGAUAGCUACGAUUAGGUAUACCUGUGGCCCGCGCUUUAGCGUGGCGAGAGCGACAAGCUUGGCUUCACAAACGAACUGCGUCGCUCUCGCCUCGCGCAACUGAUAUUGUAAUAUAGUCCUGCGUAAAUUAUUGUAGCUAGGGACAAACCAUGUCGAACGCCGCGCCUGCGGAUGCGCAGGCGGGAAGCAGCACCGGCCUGUUCGGCACUCUGUACCAAUGGGGAGGCAGUAUGAUGUCUUAUGCGCAGCAGCAGAUCAAUAGCUUCAUGGGCUGGGAGGAUCUUGAAAUUGUGGACCCAGAGGCGGAGAAGGCAAAGAAGGGUCAGGAGUCGGAUGCCACAGGCCUCCUUGAGCAGGAACGUAAACAAGCAUGGGGCACGAAGCAAUUCCAGCAGUACAUCGGCGCCGACGUGACGAGCCUGCUCAGCGUGCCGGUGUGGAUUAUGGAGCCCUUCACCAUCCUGCAGAAGGCCGCCGAGAUCAUGGAGUACACGGACAUCCUGGACGCGGCGGACAAGACGGAGGACGAGUUUGACCGGUUUGCGCUGGUGGCUGCCUAUUGCGUGUCGCCUUUUGGCUCCGCCGAGCGCGCCUGGAAGCCCUUCAACCCCAUCCUGGGCGAGACCUACGAGCUGGAGGUGGGCGCUGGAGUGCGCUACCUGGCGGAGCAGGUGUCGCACCACCCGCCCAUUUGCGCCGCGCACGCCGAGAACGAGCACUUCCGCUACGACCUGGUGUCGGCGCCCACCACCCGCUUCCUGGGCAACAGCCUGGAGGUGUACCCUUACGGCCGCACCCGCAUCACGCUGGUGCGCAGCGGCGAGGUGUUCACGCUGGUGCCGCCCAACGCCAUGGUGCACAACAUCGUGAUCGGGCGCACCUGGGUGGACGCGUACGGGCCCAUGACCAUCAACUGCAUCACCACCGGCGCCAAGUGCCGGCUGGAGUUCAAGGCAUGCGGCUGGUUCAGCUACGGCCGGUACGAGUUCGAGGGCUUUGUGUACGACAAGGACGGCGUGAAGCGCGUGAAGGUGAGCGGCAAGUGGAACCAGUACGUGGACGCGGUGCGCUGCGACGAGACCGGCGCCCCGCUGCCCGGCGCCGAGGUGAAGCGCCUGUGGACCUGCACGCCCAAGCCCGUGGGUGACUACUACUCUUUCACUAAGUUCGCCCACAAGCUCAACAGCAGCGAGGGCAUCCGUGCGCCACUGCCAAGCGACAGCAGGCGCCGCCCCGACCGCUCCAAGCUGGCUGCCGGUGAAAUGAUGGCGGCGGGCAGCGAGAAGGUGCGGCUGGAGGAGAUGCAGCGCGCGGAGCGGCGAGAGCGCGAGAAGCGGUCGGACGCCUGGGCGCCUCGCUGGUUCCGCAGGGUGGACGACCCCAAGCUCUACGAGGGCGAGCUGGAGCUGUCCAAGGUGCCCUACUGGGAGUUCAACGGCGAGUACCUGAAGCGGCAGCAGCAGGAGGUGGGCGCCGCGACGGAGAUCGACGGCAAGGGCUUCUGCCCCUGGCAGUACCCCGAGAUCCAUGACCGCAUGUAGACGGCUCUGGCGGACUACCAGGGGCCGCUGUGCCAUGGCAAUCGGGUUAAAGCUAUAGAGCAUGAGCGGGUGAUGCCUUUUACUGGCAGGAGCGUGUGCAGGAGCGUAUGACAACUGCGUGACGCUUGGAUGACUGGUGCCAAACACCGACGCGGGUUUUGACGUGG